CAUAUGCUUAGUCACACAGGAGAGAAACCUCAUGUGUGUGAAGUAUGUAAGGAGUCCUUUAGUCAGAAGUCUCAUCAAAGCAGGCACAUGCUUAUUCACACAGGAGAGAAACCUCAUGUGUGUGAAGUAUGUAAGAAGUCAUUUAAACGGAAGGAUAAAUUAAACGAGCAUAUGCUUAGUCACACAGGAGAGAAACCUCAUGUGUGUGAAGUAUGUAAGAAAUCCUUUAGUCAGAAGUCUACUUUAAACAGCCAUAUGCUUAUUCACACAGGAGAGAUACCUCAUGUGUGUCAAGUAUGUAUGAAGUCAUUUAGUCUAAAGUCUACUUUAAACUCCCAUAUGCUUAUUCACACAGGAGAGAAACCUCAUGUGUGUGAAGUAUGUAAGAAGGCCUUUAGUCAGAAGUCUCAUCUAAGCAGGCAUAUGCUUAUUCACACAGGAGAGAAACCUCAUGUGUGUGAAGUAUGUAAGAAGUCAUUUAAUCGGAAGGAUCAAUUAAACAGCAUAUGCUUAGUCACACAGGAGAGAAACCUCAUGAGAGAUACCUCAUGUGUGUCAAGUAUGUAUGAAGUCAUUUAG